CUGUUACAGAUUGGAAUUACAGAAGCUAAAGUAGUAUAGACAAACAUGACGAUGACAGUCUUUAAGCUAACUGUUUUUAUAGCUUUUUGUGUUUCUUAUAGUCAGUGUAGAAUACAUGAGCUGGAAUUAGAGGAUGAUGAAAGGAAGAUUAUACAGAUGAGUACAUUCGGUUUUUUGAAAAAAGGAUAUUUGGAAGUCAGCAUUAGUUUCUUUCGUUACAAAGUACCUGAAGGUGUUGCUAUUAAUAAAAAAGACAUGCUGUAUGGUUUUACACUGGACAAGAGUGGGAGUAGUGGAAUUUCUGCUUACUUGGAAAAUGCACAAGGGAAAAAUUGUUUGUUGAUAAAUCAAACUGGAAUACUCAGCAAAGAAAACAACAAGAAGAAUAGUUUGUCUAUUAUCUUCUUUAAAAUAGAUUUUGAUAAAAUGGUAGUGACAAUACAAAGAAACGGCAGUGAUGUGAAGAAUUUGGAAAUUGUUAAUAACUUGACAGAGCCACAUUCUCCAAGUAAAAGACAUGUUCCUCAUUCACCAUUUAGUGACCAGUCCCUCAUUGGAAAAAGGCAUAGAAGGGAUGUUACUGCUUCUAGUGUUAAGAAGGAAGCGAAUAAAGCACCAAGUACCACUGCAGUACCGACUAAAGCACCAAGUACCACUGCAGCACUGACUAAAACACCAAGUACCACUGCAGUACUGACAACAAAAACAGUAAAAACAGUAAAAACAGAAACCAGUAAAACAAAGAAACCAUUAGAAUCAGGCAAAAUAAAAGCAGCUCCAGUGCUUAAGGAAAUUCCUAUGUCAAAAUUUGAUAAUAAUUCAAUGGAGGCAUACACAAUUUAUUUUCGAGUAAACAUCAACAGAAAGGAAGAAGAAGGAUUAUAUAACCUGUAUUUCCAUAGUUGUCCAUCUUAUAAAGUUAAAGCAGGUUAUUCCGUUGACAUGAAUCUAAAGAUAACUGAAAAAAAUGAUGCCACCUAUCUGUCUGCUGGAGAAAUACCCCUGGCUCCAUUAUAUUUCUCUUUCUUCGUCCUGUAUUUAGCAGCUGGCUGUCUCUGGAUGAGUGUUCUAAAGAAAUCCAGUGAUGAUGUGUAUAAACUCCACUAUUUGAUGUUUGCAGUGGUGAUAGUUAAAAGUUUUUCUAGUAUGUUUCAUGCAGUUAAUAUCUAUUACAUUGGUAAAGAAGGGAUUCACGAGGAAGCUUGGGCUGUGUUAUAUUAUAUUGUAUAUUUAACCAAAGGAUCCUUGAUGAUUAUUACAAUUAUAUUAGUUGGAGCAGGAUGGGCGUUUGUCAAACAUAUUCUGUCGGACAAAGAAAAGAAAUUGUUUCUGAUUAUCAUACCACUACAGGUAUUUGAUAAUAUAGCUUACAUUAUCAUAGAAGAGAGUGAAGAAGGCCAGUUACAGUACCAUAUUUGGAAACAGCUAUUUAUCAUGAUUGACUUGUUAUGUUGUGGUGCUAUACUGUUCCCAGUUGUAUGGUCUAUCAGACACCUGACAGAAGCAUCAAACACUGAUGGCAAAGCUGCAAUAUGUCUCCUUAAACUUAAAUUAUUCAGACAGUUUUAUAUAAUGGUAGUUUGUUAUAUAUACUUUACAAGAAUUAUAGUCUAUUUAAUCAGUAUUACAGUCCCUUUCCAGUAUGAAUGGCUAGACCAACUGUUUAAAGAAUUAGCUACAAUAACAUUCUUCGUAGUAACUGGGUAUAAGUUCAGACCAGCUAAUGACAAUCCAUACCUUCAAGUUCCUCAAGAUAGUGAUGAAGAGGUAGAAAUGGAAGAAGUGGUAACACAGUCAGGAGCAUAUGAUAAUAUCACCAGAGUGAAUCAGAAGUUUGAAGAAGGGGGAACAACUCCAAAACAAAGGGAGAGUAGUCAUGAAUAUGAUUGAUUUGUGAUGGAUUAUUUGUUAUCAUGGGAGAUUAUGGUGUGUAUUGUACAGCUUGAUGCACAAAAUUAUAUGUAAACUUAUCAUGUAUUCAAUCUACUGAUCAGAGGGUACUAGUCAUACUGAAAAUCAAAUGCUGAGUAGAUAACACUCAAACAAAGGGAAAAACUAUAAAUAACUUUCAGAUUAUCAUCCUUUACAGUAAAUAAUCAAUACCAAUAUGUUGUUCACUAAACUCUUUUUGUUCAGGUCUAUUCCAUAUUAGAAUUCAUAUGGCAUCUCCUUAUAUCUACUUAUUAGUAACACUGAAGAUAUGUUUGGCAAUCAUCUUUUUAUUCCUGCAUCAUAUAAAUAUUUUUUCUUCAAAGUUACUUUUUUGUUAUUUUUUUCCAUUUCAAAUGAUGAGUUUUGAUAAUUCACCCUGAGUUGUUCCUAUAAAUAUUCAACAAAAAUAUGAAUGCAGGAUUUGUUGAGGAGAGCAGUAAUGUUUGCAACGACCAAAACUCAACAUUGUGUGGCAAGAACAUGACAAUGCUUGUAAAAUGACUCAUAAUUGAAUAAGUUGUUAUACUGUUAAGAUAUUAAGAAAGAGUAAAAGAAAAUGAUUAUUAGAAUGGCUUACUGAUGAUUAUUUUGAAUUGGAAUAUCAAUAAUUGUUUUGCAGUAUUGACAUAUAUUAAUCUAUUAUUUUUUGGUAGACCAUCAUAUCUUUUGUCAGUUUUCCUGUUUUUAUAUUUUAUUGGAAUUAUAUCUUCUGAAGUAAUAUAAAGUUAAUGGUUUCUUCUGCUUUUUUUAACGAAGAAUUAUUUUCCCUUUUUUGGUACCUUUAUUAUGUCAUUAUGUAGUCAAUUAUCUAAGAUAAUAAUUUAGAUGUUUAUAAAUCUACUAUUAAUACAGGUAUUAAUACAAUGUAUGAGCUGUUUAAGUCAAUAGUUUAUUAAUGACAGUGAUUUCUGUGAGUAUUAUUGUUAUCCUCUCCUUUGUAGUUUUAUAAAGUUGAGGAUUUUUGCUGCUUUGUUUAAAGAAGAAUUACUAUCCCUUUUUUUUAUUAAAUUAAUAAUUUUUUUAGACCUUUAUUGCUUUACUAGUAAAUUCUUAAAGAGGUACUCAUAAAUUUGUUCUAAGAUGAAAACAUAUAUAUAUCUAUCUACCAUCAAUCUUGGGUUAAUUUAUAAAUGACUGGUGUAUAUAUUGUAUUAACAUUGAUUCUGAUAUACAUGAUCUCUUCAUUUGUAAUUAUAUUGUUGUGAUAACUUUGUGUAAUUGAAAACAUAAAAGAUUGUAACAUGUGCAAUAUUUGUAACAUUUAUAAUCCAUUUAAUAUCCAAACACAGUCCAAUCUCGUUGUGUUGAAGUCCAGAGGUACCAGACUAAAGUAUUUGACUGGUCAGAGAGCGAGUAGUAUUUGACUGGUCAGAGAGCGAAUACUAUUUGACUGGUCAGAGAGCAAGUGUGUUGUCACGAAAUUUAGAUUGCUUGAUAUAUGUUUGAGAUUUGUGGAAACUAGAUACCUUGAACAGUGUGCCUUGUUUCCAUGUGCUACUUUAUGAUGUGGGCCAUAUUUUUUGUCCUGCAUAAUAAUUAAACACACAAGUACAGAAGCAAAUCAUGCAUAAAUAAAUCAAUAGUAUACACAAAUAUUUACAAAUAGUCACUAUAAAUUAUGAAAUCAAGAAAGAGACAAGUUCUGAACAGUCUCUGAUGAGGAUGUCUGUUUUACAUUGAAUUAUUAUCAAUUUAUCAUACUGUGAAAGUACUUUUAUUCGUGGGGUACCAAUUUUCGUGGUUUUCGUGGAUGACUUUAUCCACGAAUUUAAGUGUCCAACGAAAUAAAACAACCAUUGUCCAAAUCAAGACAUGGAAAGUUCCCCAUCUGUAGGUUUGACUACUGAUCAAUAUGAUCUAGAGAAUAUAUUGAAUAACGCCAAUCUGAGAAUAAUAGUAGUCACAGAAUAGAACAACAUGCAGGAUUAUACCCAUUUAAUUUUUAAUAACCUAAACUGUACAACUUUGGAUCUUUAAAUUCUAAUAAAAAAUAUUUUUGAUCGAUGAAAGUCAGAUUUCCGAACUUGAUAUGCUAGUAUGAUAAAGUGUUCAUUUUUUAUCCUCCUAGUUCUCGUCCAAAUGGGAAAUAAUAAUUUCAUGCUGGGCUUGAUUUUGAUAAGAAUUAUUUGACAAUUGAUGAUACGCUUAUAGCAUUUGUUUAUGUUACUGUUUUCUUUAGGUGACAUGUUAUGGCCUAAUUAACACCUUUAAUCUGUUGAUCACUUUAACAUGAGUUGAUUAGUGUUAUCACUCCGAUUUAAUGUUUACUUUGCAAUUUUCUUCAAUCCAGACUGUUAGUAACCUUUGUUUUUAUAGGUUUUAAUUAUUUUUUUUUGAAAACUAAAAAUCCACGAAUUUAAAAACCCACGAACAUGUAAAUUUUGCUCAAACCACAAAAAUUGAUACCCAUGAAUUAAAGUACUAUUACAGUAAUAGUAUUAAUCCUUUUAUUUAAUGUAAUUAAUGAACUUAUUUCUAACGGUUUAUUUACUCUAGGCAUGGAUAAGUUUUUGAUUUUGUCGGGUGAAAUACUGGUGAAGGAGCUCGACAAAACUUGAUUCGACUGUAUAUUAUUCAUAGAAUUGUAAGAAAAUCAAGAUAACAUAGCAAGUUGUAUGUGGAUAAAUCCUCCUGUUGUUUCUUCUGCUUGUUCAGUCUGCUUAGUAGGAACUUUGACCUGGGUAAAACAUACUAGUCAAUUAUUUACUUCAUCAUAUAUUUAUUGAUUUUCAAGUGGAAAAUUAUGUUUUUUGUCCUGCAAAGAAGGUUGCAGUAUGGGAGACAUGUUUAUUUCUAUCAGGUGACUGCUUCUGGUGUGUUUACUGUUUGUUUCAAGCUUUACAUUUCUAAAGUAAAACACCUUGAUUAAUGCUUCAUAUCUUGUAUUCAGAUACUUUAUGCUACGUUAUGCUACCAGGUUUCCUUCUGUCCUCAACCUCAUCUUAUAUAGAUCAGUGAUUAAGGUUAAAGUUACCUUUCCCAAAUACUGUAAGUAGUUGGUAAGCUUUAUGUGGUGUACAUCAAUCUGGAAAGUUUCAUCUGACCUUUACCUCAUUUUCAUGGUUCAUUGGUCAAUGUAUUCUAAGUUUAUGUGGUGUACAUCAAUCUGGAAAGUUUCAUCUGACCUUUACCUCAUUUUCAUGGCUCAUUGGUCAAUGUAUUCUAAGUUUAUGUGGUGUACAUCAAUCUGGAAAGUUUCAUCUGACCUUUACCUCAUUUUCAUGGUUCAUUGGUCAAUGUAUUCUAAGUUUAUGUGGUGUACAUCAAUCUGGAAAGUUUCAUCUGACCUUUACCUCAUUUUCAUGGUUCAUUGGCCAAUGUAUUCAUAGAUAAGUCUGUUUCUUAGACACUAUAAGCAAUAAUGUCAACUGUAUUUGAUUCCUGGAAUUUAAGGUACACAAGUUUGUUUGGCAGGGUUUAUCUGACCUUGACAUCGUUUUCAUGGUUCAUUGUUUAAUAUUAAGUUUUCACAGUUUGGUAUAUUUCCAUAUGGAAUGAUUGUAACUUAUGGUAUACAUGUCUGUCUAGUUUGGUUAAUAUGACCUGGACCUCAUUUUGAUGAUUUGUUGAUAGUGAUCAGUUUAUGGGAUAUUUGUAGUAAAACUUUUUCUUUCCGACUAUUAACAUAAUAUCAUUUAUGGUUGAUUAAGCAGUCAAGACAUUUUAGACGUUCUUGUUUAAGAUAACACUGAUAUUCCAUACUGAGAUCAUUCUUAUCUGUUGAAUUACUGUAUGUGUAUUAUUUUGAUAUAAUUGUAACUCACUUUAUAUAUAUAAGCUUGAUGAUUAGUUGGGAUGUGCAUGUUUUGAUAUGCAAGCUUUACUACUGAGAGGAGUAUUUUGUUCAUAGGUAAUAUUUAUUAUGUAUAGAUUGUUUUGUUGUUGAAAUUUUCUCAAAUGUAAUUUUAUGUACUUUAAAAUGAUAAUUAAAUCAUUUAAAUUAGAAAUAAAGGCUUUGAUUUUUUAAUGGAAGAGAAUAAUAUUGGUGCACA